AUGACACUUCCCAUAAUGAUGAGCACUGAGAUUCUGCUUCUUCUUCUUCUUCUUCUAUAUUGCGAAGCGUACUCCGUGGGAGGCUUCUCUCACUCUCCUGCUAGCGUUCCCAAGCUACCUGAAAAUCCAGAAGAUGUUGCCAGACAAGCAUCGGCCUCAAUUCAACGGGCAGUCUUAGACGGUGGUAUCCAUCGUCAAACGAUCCGACUUCCAUUGAGUGAAUCUAUGUACGCUAGGAAAGAAGAAUCUUUCGUAGCUGAUAGAGCGAUUGGUUGGCAGGGAGGCCCCCAAGAGACCUAUCGCUUUGUAUCACCAAUGACGGAGUCUGUCCUAAGGCAGAUAUCGUUGAAUGACGACAAGAACAGUGGCCUGACGCCGAAAAUCCAAAGACAAAUACUCUUGGAUUUUGACGGAAGCGCUCUAUUGAAUGCACAAAGCCCUAUGGGUGCUCUUUAUGACUCUCUGGCGUUGGUGCAGCCAAACACUGACAAUUAUUACAUGGAACUGAUCGAAAAAGUUGAGAAUGAAUUCAGUGAUACGCCUGGCAAGGCAAAACGCCUGUUCUUACUGAUUAAUCCAGCCUGGAAAGACGAUCCUUCCAGCUGGGGCAUUUUUCAAUCCAAGAAAGCAAAAGACAAGAUCUUGGAUCGUUAUGAAACUACCUUUGCCUUGGACCAGUUCAUUGUGAAAGGCAACAAGAUCAGCUUGUUCAAAUCGUAUCCUUUCGAUUGGACUGCGUACUGGACACAACUGCGACCAUCGGGCACAAGAGAAAGCGAUGAUUCAUCGAUUGAAGGUGCAACUCUGUUGGGAUCAAUGCCAAAGCGACCGACCUAUCUGGAAGUGGAAAAUAUGCUCGACUCCGCUAUGGCGGCAAGAUCGUGA